AUGGAGGGGGGCAUCGCCCACGGGCCGCGGGGUCCCACCAGCUACUACUACAUGCUGCCCAUGAAGGUGCGGGUGCUGGGGCUGAAGGUGGCACUGACGGUGAAGCUGAUGCAGGAUGACCUCCACAUCGUCGACAGCCUGGAGAUGCCCACUGCCGACCCCCAGUACCUGCUGGACCUGGCGCGGUACCGGCGCUGGGGCCGCUCCGUCCUCAUCGUCGAUGUCAACGAGAUGCCGGAGAACAUCGGAACCGCGGCAGCCGGCUUGAAAACCAUCAACCUGAUCCCGGCGUUAGGUCUCAACGUGCACAGCAUGCUGAAGCACGAGACGCUGGUGCUGACGCUGGACACCGUCACCUUCCUGGAGAAGAAGCUGCUGUGGCACGACACCCGUUACUCGGCGCUCUACCCCUUCUCCAUGCCCUACAGCGACUUCCCCUAG